AUGGCUUUAGGGUCUUACCUCAGAACAGGCGUGUAUCCCAUCACUGAGCAGUAUGCAGCUGAGUGUGGCUACACUGUCAGUGUUUUCCCUCAGCCGGUUCAUGUGGAGCUCCGAGCCUCUUACUUCAGCUGUCACACUGACAACAAAGAUGAUGAAGUGUUCACGUUCAACUUCAACCUGGUAACAACUCAUGAUGGACAGAAGGAAACUUAUGCUUUGAACAAGACCUGCUCUCCCUCUCUCCCCUGGUCUCCAAAAGAGGCUACCUGUGAGGUCAACUACAUGGAGGUAUCUGUGAAGAGUGAUGUCACCUGUCCAUCUGGGACAAAAGAUGACUGGGGUACACUUAAACUGGCACAUAGCUCCACCACGUCAGAUUGGCAGGUGAUGUUCCAGAUAGAAGGUGAGCAGUUGCUGCCAAGGAACCUCUCUGAAGCUCGCAAGCAGGGCUAUGUGUUCGACCUGACGGAUGGAAGGCUUGUGUUUCGUGCACCGUAUAGACAACCUGACUCGUAUAGCACUAUGAUGAAUGGUGUGCCAGUAGAGGUGGUCUAUGCAACCCUGUUCUCCAGACAAAGCUGGGUUGUCCUCAUGGUCGAACUUGUGGCUACUUGCUCCAUGCACAAAGGGUUGUAUGAUGACAGCGGUUACAUGGUUUGGGGCAUUCCUGAGUCACCGUGUCCCAGUUUUUACAACACAAAUGUCAGUAUUGGACUGAACAGUGAACUUCUGGAGCAGUCUGCUGCAGAGGAGAGAGGCUACAUUAUGGAGACUCACAACAGCACCAUCCAUAUCAGCAUCCCCUAUAAUGCUGAUGGAGUAUACAGGAAGAGCUUUGUGACUGGUGACCUCAAUGAGUUCUAUAUGUUUAAUCUUUACUUGGAACAAAUCUUGGUGGAUGACGAUAAUAUGGAGGCCCGACUCCGCUAUCACAGGACGCUGACCACUCCUCUGCUGCCACGCCCUGUUUUUACUAAUAACAGAACAGUGGUUGAGGAACGUAUGUUCACAGUCUACCUUGGAGAUGUCCCUGAUGAUGUUGAGCUAGUUGCUGUUCAGCUCAACGGACACGACUUUGCACUGCCCUUUACAAAUACAAGCACCUACACCAUCUCAAAAGUGGUUCAACCAAACAACACCCACAGCUACACUCUGAAGGUGCCUUUUGACGAUCCUGUCGUCAUACAGCAGUUCUCCAAAGAAGACGCAGCUAUGCAGCAUCAGUUGACCAUCAACUACACACUGACUGUUCAGCCUGAAAAUGAUCCUUAUUACCACUUCACAUCAGUCACUGCAUUAACAGACGUCUCUCCUCCAACCUUCAACGCGGUCUGUUCUGAGUCUGGGAUCAGCUUUAGACUGGACCACCAACCUUCUGACUACUUGUGGGACAUCAGUAUCGGCUCGGACCUUCUGACACCAGAACUGGCAGAGCAACGUGGCUACAUCAUGAGCAAUGAUAGCCAGAGUCUGCUGCUUAAAGUACCGCUCUUCACUGAAGGCUAUGAGUACAAGGACUUCACUCUGAAGGGAUUCUUUGGCACUUUUGCGAUCCUCGUGCGGGAUCAUGAAACAUCCGAGGUCCAGAGUUCUGCUGUCAAGACUUGUCCGUUCACGACUACUGAACUCAUUGUGUGUUCAACUGAUGGGAGGAUGACUGUGGUGGCUGAUUUGUCUCUGGUUGUCCCAAGUGGAGGGAUCCCUGCUAGAGUCAACCUCAUAGACAAAUACUGUGGACCCAAAGAGGUCAACGGAACCAGGGCACUCUUCUCUUUCCCACUCAAUACUUGUGGAUCCAGAGUCACGCUUGACAAAGAAAAUGUGACAUAUCAAAAUGAGAUUUUCUACAGCAAUAUGAGCAAGCAAGUUUCUGACAAUGCUACAGAGAGUGUGAUUAUACAGUGUACAUAUCCUCUGGCUGGGCUCCAUCGUCUCUUCAAGGUGUACAGGUUUGAGUCUGACAUGGCUGGUAUUGGCCACAUCCACAAUACGCACUCUACAGAAGGUCUGCAGCGUCCUACCAUCAAGCCCACUGCAGCAGUUGAAACUACAUCUGCUACCACAAGACCUUUCAUAAUGCAGCCUGCUUCCCACUCACCUGCUCACUACAUCAAAGUGUACGGAGUUUAUAAUUCCCCUUUUGGUUUCAGAAGAGUGCUUCCCAUCACCCCAGCAGAGCUCUUCUACUCUGACCCCACCAUGCACUGUGGCAGGAGGAUCCCCAACACAGUGAGCGAGUUCAGGGCCUUUGAUUGCUUCCAGCUCAACACUCCACCACCGGUUAUGUCCACCUGCGUGUCUCCACCAAACCGUCCAGACCCAUUCAGAUCUGAGAGACACUCCAUCAGAGACUUGGGCAGCUCCACCUUGAGAGCACAGAUCAUCCACUCGACAACGCAGCCACGCAUCACUAACCUCCUAAAACUGCACCACCAUGAGCCUUUACAAAGAGAUGAGAGCCUUACUGCUCUGAAUGUGGACUCCUCGGGUGGUGAAGAGCCCCUAGAGUACAACAGGGACUCCAGCUCAGGCUGCGGUCACCCUGACUCCAACUCAGCUGAGGAGUCAGAGAAGUUUUUCUACAGUGACGUGGAACAUCCGAGGGCGGCCGGUUUUGUGAGUGAGUUACAGAAGGAAAGAUGUUGGUCUGAUACGGAGCUUGAGGCGGCUGACACACUUUUGAGUCACUUUAGCCUGAUGGAGGAGGACGGACUCGAGAUCCAAACCCAACAAGGAUCUGAGGCUUCACCUGUGUUAAUACCUGCUGCUCAUUCUGCCACAAACCACACCGGCUACGUCAGCUCUAGCUGUGUCAAGGAGGAUGGAGGGUGGAUGGAGUUUAUGUCUGUGGAAAGCAGGAAUACUGAUCAGCUUCAUGAGGAGUAUCAGCCAUCUUUGCUGGUAAAGAGCAGAUCGAGCGUCUUUCGACAAUUGUCAGGAGUGAAGGGAGGAAAGCUCACAGAAUCGGAGGGAGACGCUUUACAUGUACUCCUGAGCCUUGGAGACGUGUGA